AUGCCCAAGAGAAAUUCAGGAGGCAGCUUUUUUCACAACAGAAGGUUGAGCAAAUCAGUUGAAGCAAGAAUCACAGUUCAUAUCGCCGAUGUGUUGCAACGACAAAGGUUUAUAAUUCGGUUGUGUAAGGCGUUAAUUCUUUAUGGAGCUCCCACGCAUCGACUUGAAGAGUUUAUGAUAAUGACAUCUCGAGUGUUGGAAUUGGAUGGGCAGUUUAUGUAUAUGCCAGGAACAAUGCUCAUGUCUUUUGGAGAUGCAUCAACAAGAACUUCCGAGAUGCAGUUGAUCAAGAGUCCCGAGGGAUUGAAUUUACACAAACUACAGGAGGCUUAUGCGAUUUACAAAGACGUUGUUCACGAUAUCAAAGGAGUGGAGGAGGCAUCAAGAGAUUUGGACGAUUUGUUGUCGUCUAAACCAUUAUAUUCGCCAUUUUUGUGUGUUCUCAUUUAUGGAUUUGGCUCAGCAAUGAUUACGCCUAUGGCGUUUAGUGGAAGCUGGCAAGAUAUGCCAAUUUGUUUUAUUAUUGGGUUGUUGGUUGGAUUUUUGAAGUUUUACGUGAGUCCCAAGUCACAUUUAUAUUCGAAUGUGUUUGAGGUGUUUGCAUCGAUUGUUGUUAGUUUUAUUGGAAGAGCCUUGGGAACAAUAAAUGAUGGACGAACUUUUUGCUUUUCUGCUGUUGUUCAAGGGACGUUAGCAUUGAUUUUGCCUGGAUAUAUUAUUUUGUGUGGAUCAUUGGAGAUUCAGUCUAGAAACAUUGUGGCAGGAACAGUUCGGAUGUUUUAUGCUAUAAUUUACUCGUUGUUUUUGGGUAUUGGUAUAACAUUGGGAGCAGCGUUGUAUGGAUGGAUAGACAGUGGGGCUAUUUCUAAUUUGGAAUGUGCAAACAGUGUGAGUCCAUGGUACAGGUUUAUCUUUGUUCCAGCAUUUACGAUAGCAUUGGCCUUGGUGAAUCAAGCCAAGUGGACCCAGAUGCCAAUUAUGAUAGUGAUCUCUGGAAUUGGGUACGUUGUUAGUUAUUUUGCAUCGAUGCAUUUCCAGGACUCGACUGAGUAUACUAGUGCGAUGGCUGCGUUUGUUAUUGGUGUUCUGAGCAACUUGUACUCAAGGGUGUACAAAGGACUAGCAGUGUCAGCAAUGUUGCCAGCAAUUUUUGUGCAAGUUCCAGGAGGAAUAGCAUCAAAGAACACACUUUUAGCUGGUAUCCAAAGUGCAAACAAGUUGGUGAUUAACACAACAAGCACAACAACAACAGCAGCAGCAGCAGAAACAUCAUCCAGCUUCAGCGAGGCCAGCAGUUUGGCCUUUGGGUUCACAAUGAUCGAGAUUGCUUUGGGAAUUUCUGUGGGGUUGUUUGUUUCGACCAUUGCAGUGUAUCCUUUUGGCAAGAAGAGAACACCCAUCUUCACAUUGUAA